UGGACCGGUUUGACAUGCCUCUGAGGGCGGAACAUAUUACACCCGGAACUAUUGAAGUAUACUUGUGUGUCUAGGAAGAAUUUCGCGCUGCACACAGGUCGCGCUUUUUCAUAGCCAGCCAGCACAACUCAUGUUUACAUCGUCUUUGUGCCUUUAACCGUCAAGUUAUUGUGCCUAAGCCCAUAUUUUGUGAGGUGUUUAGUGCUUUUUAUAUUUCCGGUGUUCCAGGAAUAUGUCUGUAAAGAUGUAACGUCAGUAGAGCUGAUAAAUGUUCAGACUCUGGUGACAGUUAGCUGCUGCUAGCUAGCCUCUGGCUGCUUAUGGUCAAGGCUGUGCACCGUCUGUAGCUUCAGUCUGUGGGUAAAACACACUACGUUUACCCAUUUUUGACCCAAAAAGAUGCCUCCUAACAGAAGGGUUCACAAGACAACACUAAAACUGGACUGUGAAUGGAGUUCGUGUCCAGAGUCGUUCAGUCGGAUGGAUAAUUUCUGCAAGCACGCGGAGGGUCAUCUUAAUGCUGUGAACAUGGCGGAGGAGGACGAGGAAGAGACUGAAGAAGAGGAGAGAAACUGUCUUUGGAGAGAUUGUGGUUUCUGUUCUGUGGAGGGUCCUGAGGAGUUACGAAGACAUCUCUUCUUUCAUUGUUACCACACUAAGCUGAAGCAGCUGGGUCAGCAGGUGCUUAAUGCCCAGCCAGAGAUUGGCACGUGCUCCAUCGGGUACCAGAACCGCAACAUCAUCCCUGAAAUCCCAGACAAUUUUAUCUGCCUUUGGGAGGAAUGUGAGCAACCACCCUAUGAAAACCCAGAGUGGUUCUAUCGCCAUGUGGAGAUGCAUAGCCAGUGCAUAGAUAUACCAGCAGGAGACUGUGAAUUCCCAGUACGCUGUGGGUGGAAAGAUUGUGAAGCCACCGCUAAAGGGCGUCCUAAGCUUCGGGAGCAUCUGCGCAGCCACACUCAGGAGAAGGUGGUGGCGUGUCCAGGCUGCGGGGGGAUGUACGCCAACAACACCAAGUUGUUUGACCACAUCAUACGUCAGAGCGCCAUGGAAGGCCAGAGGUUCCAGUGUUCUCACUGUUCCAAACGUUUCGCAACAGAAAGACUACUGAGAGACCACAUGAGAACCCAUGUGAGCCACUAUAAAUGUCCGCUGUGUGACAUGACCUGUCCGUCGCCCUCUGCGCUGCGUAACCAUGUCAAGUUCCGUCACAGUAACGAGAGGCCAUACAGCUGUGAAUACUGCGAAUACAGCUGUAAGAAUCUGGUAGAUUUGCGCAAACACCUGGAUACUCACAGCAGCGAGCCGGCUUUUCACUGCGAUGUUCCUGGCUGUGGUUUCACGUCUCGUACUCUCAUCACUAUGAAGAUCCACCACAAAAGAGAGCAUGAGGGGAAGUUCGUAGCUCGUUACAAGUGCCAUGUGUGCGAUCAAUGCUUCACCCGGGGCAACAACCUAACAGUUCAUCUGCACAAAAAGCACCAGUUCAAAUGGCCCUCCGGACACCCCAGAUUCAGGUACAAGGAACACGAGGACGGCUUCCUGCGGCUGCAGCUGAUUCGCUACGAGAGCGUGGAACUGACGGAGCAGCUAAUGAGGGAAAGACAAAGCAGGCAAGCGGAGGAGGACGAGGACAGCGGCCAGACUGAAGAAGACUCCCUGGGGGCGGCUCCCUCGGAGCUGCAGGUGGAACUGAGAGGCGUGCUGCUGGAGGAGCAGAGGACUGAGGAGCCGGCCGCCAGCGCUGAGGAGGGCAGUCAGGAGGAGAGCAUGCUGUACGUUCUCGCUGGAGGUUUGUCACAAGCAGGGGAGGACUCUGUCAUGCAGCAACUCUAAAACGAUGCUCAGCAGUAAGACAUUCACACGGUUUGACUGCCACAGUCGUACAGACACGUGCUAAACAUAACAGGAUAUUCUGAAAUUAGCUUUGCUGUUUCACAGAUACAUGAGACAUGACUGAAAAAUCAACACUUCUGAGCCUUUAACGGUGUCUGGAGGCACUCAGUAAUAUGAAUUAAACUGCUUAAUGAAGGGAUGUGUACUCCAUGAUCACCCGUCUUAACCAUUAGCCUAUGUUAGGUAUUAAACCUGUUUUGUUUGCCUAUGUUGAACACAAUUUCCAAUAUUUAAUUCUUUUCAAUUGCACAUCUCAGACUGUGACAUCUUUAAAUAGUUUGAUACUAAUGCUGAACUAACUAGAAGGUUGUCUUUCAUUUUUUAGAAAUGUUGUCUCAAAUGCAGAAGUAAAGCAGCUACAUCAUUUUGAAGGUUAGUGGUUUGAGUUACAAGAGUGGCGUGUUUCUUAUUUAUUUGGAUAAAUAAAUGACAAAAAUCAUA